CUUUAAAUGGGCUCGUAAGUUAUCUUAGUUUUCUAUCACCUCAUCAGAGGCGCACAGUUUUUCUGAAUAUUGCAGGAUGAGCCCGCUCCUUUGUUUUCAGGUGUUAAUCUUGACCAUAAGCACGGCUACGCAAAUAGUGGCCUACCAAGAUGCCGUGAGCUCUGUGUGCCUUGGAAAUGUGUUGCGAGUGAGUGUGGACGGCUCAAUUUUGGCGGGGAAAUCUGCUCGAGUGGAUGCUCUCAAUGGCAGUGAUGUUAUCCCAAUCACCUCUUUCCUGGCUACUCAGUGUGGAUACAGCAUGACCUCAGAUCCUUGGGGCAAUACCCUGCUUUAUGCUUCUCUCCAGCAUUGUUAUGUCCAAUCCAGGGGGGAUGGGACGUUUGACACACAUCUACAGCUCAGAACAUAUGGAAAAGACUCAGGUAGAGUCCACACUGUGUCCCAGUCAUGCAGCUACUCACAGCUGGCCUCUCGUGAAAUUCUCUGCACCAACAACUAUAUGGAGGUCUCUGUGGAGCAUGGUCUUCCAACCUCUGAGCAAUUGAAAUGGAUGACCUCCAGUGUAAAAGAUGUCACCUCGUCUGAAUCAGUCCCUAGGGGAAUGAAGGUGCCCAGACUCGAGAAGGUGGUGAUCUACACACCUGCAGAGAAGGCUUUCACUCCAAUGGAACUCCACAAGCUAGGCUAUGGACUCUAUACUUAUCCAGCUCGCCUGCUGAUAAGAAGCCCAUACGACACAACCGCAACGUAUUCCCAAGAUGUGGCUGGAGUUCCCAUGGCAAUUAUGACAAGCUCUCUGGUCUACAAGCACCGCUGGAUGGUGUCACUGGUAAAAGCAGCAGCUGCAUGCCCCACUGGUGGCGUGUCUUUCACUGAGGAUCUGAUUAGCUGGCGUCUGCCUCGACACAUCACCCCACUGCUGUCCUCCUCUUCCUGUGAGACUCUUGAGGCGUACAUGGGGAUUGAUGGUCAGCGGAUGGAUGAGGCCACCAUGAUUGCCCAGGGCUACUAUUUCUAUGUCACAGACACUCACUUUGUGGUAGAGAUGCCGAUAGGGUCUCCUUAUGGAUACUACAAGAGCCAUGUCCAUGAAGGGCGAUACCACACUACCUACUCUAUUGCGCCGAUGAUUGAGCUGCUGUGGAGGGAGAUGGGUGGUUCAGAUGAGACCAGAUACAAAGUCCUCUUCCCCAUCAGCACUCCACCCAUCCCCAGGCCACCACAUGUCCAGGACUACACUGUUCCAGAGGAAGGCAUGUUCAAGAUUGUUUUCGGCGCAUUCCUGCCUGAUGUGGAGCUGAUUAACAUCACCACUGACUCUGCCGUGAUGACUCUAGCUGAAGCCGCAGCCAAUGGUUUUGACAUCCAAGAGCAUGUCUUUCCUAAUGGCUCUAAAGCUUUCAGACUACAAGUGCCCUUCUCUCAUCCAACAGCUGUUAAAGGGAAUCCCAAUGUUAAGACGGUGACCUACGGACUGCACAUAGUGUUUGGCUUUCUCAUUCAACCUGAGCAGACCACGUUUUCUUAUUCCUCCGUUUUGGAAGCUGCAGUGGAUGAUACUGAUCUGGCAUCUGUAACUGGCUCAUGUGAUCAGAUGAAUGUCUACAUCACUGUUCAGUAUGGAAGCCAAGGCCAUAACUUUGAGACGGUGGUUGGUGGCAGUCUGCUGACCGCUGAGCUGGCCCAACAGUACAGCUUCAAUGAGAAUGGAACCCAUUUCACUUUAACAGUUCCCUUUGGGUCUCCUGAUCUCGCCUUUGAGGCGGUCCACUCUUCAAAUGUGAUGGGCAGACUUGAUGUGGCUCUGCAAAACCUAGAGAGGACCUGGAACAUCACCUAUUUCUCCCUGGCCUGUUCCUUCAUCACCUCAGUCCUCGAUUGCAGUCCAAAUGGGACCAUUGGGGCACUUGCUGUUAAACUUGAUACUGUGCCCAGCCUCAACCCUGGACAGCUGAGUCUGAACGAUCCCUCAUGUGGGCCUUCCUUCAGUGAUGAUCGCUUUGCUUUUUUCUACUUCCGUGUAGACACUUGUGGGACCACUAGAGCGUUUAAAGAUGAUGUGAUGGUGUAUAAGAACAUGGCCUCCUUGAAAAAUCAACUGACAACCAACGAGGAGCCGAAAUAUCAAUUUGUGUUCUCCUGCAUCUACUCUGUGAAUGCCACUAAAACUUUGGCUUAUUUCACCAUGCCGCAAUCCACUGCACCAGUGGCCGAGCCCGGAGUGGGAGACUUCACGGUUCAAAUGAGGCUUGCUCAAGAUGUGACGUACACUCAGUUCUACUCUGAUUGGGACUACCCUGUGGUGACGUACCUCAGGCAGCCCCUCUUCUUUGAGGUGGCGCUGACUACGUUAGGCGAUCCAAACGUAGAACUCAUCAUUGACAACUGCUGGGCAACUCUGAAUAAGGACCGAGCAUCCAAACCACGAUGGGACACCAUAGUGGAUGGCUGUCCAAAUCCUGAGGACCCAGACCAGACUGUUUUCCACCCGGAGACGCUUUAUGACGGGGUGCUGUUCCCUUCUCUCUCCAAAAGGUUCGAGGUCAAGAUGUUCUCCUUUGCCGAGGCUGAGGAUGCCCCUGUAGGCCAGGUGGUUUUCCAUUGUGAUGUGGUCAUUUGUGACCCCCACAGCCCCUUGAAUGGAUUGUGCCAUGGACAGUGUGCUAAACAGCAGAUGGGCAGAAAGCAUGUGAAAAGAGGUCCCAGGAUGGUUUCUGAACUGCAUGUGGAACAUGUUUCAUCUGGAUUAAUCUUCCUGCUAUGAAAUUAAAGUUUUAUAAACUCCCCCAACACUGACUCAUACUUUAAUUUU